UGUGGACCUAACCGGGGAAGAGACGCCUGAGCCCCCCAGGCAUGGAGGCGAGGCGGCGAGUCCGCAGCAGGAAGAUGGCAGCAUGUUCUCCUUCAUCACCUGGAACAUCGACGGGCUGGAUCUGAACAACCUGCAGGAGAGGGCCCGAGGGGUGUGCUCCUACCUGGCUCUGUACAGCCCAGACGUGGUAUUUCUACAGGAAGUCAUUCCGCCGUAUUAUAGCUACCUAAAGAAGAGAGCAAAUAGUUACGAGAUUAUCACAGGUCACGGGGAAGGGUAUUUCACGGCCAUCAUGGUGAAGAGAUCGCGAGUGAAGCUAAAGAGCCACGAGGUCGUUCCGUUCCCAACUACCAAAAUGAUGAGGAACCUUUUGUGUGCACAUGUUGACCUGGCCGGGAACGAGCUAUACCUUAUGACCUCCCAUUUGGAGAGCACCAGAGGGCACGCUAAGGAACGGAUGAACCAGUUAAAGAUUGUUCUGCAGAAAAUGGAAGAGGCCCCGGCCUCAGCGACAGUCAUAUUUGCAGGGGACACAAACCUGAGGGACCAGGAAGUCACCAAAUGCGGCGGUUUGCCCAGCAACAUUUUGGACGUCUGGGAGUUUCUGGGCAGACCCAAGCACUGCCAGUAUACCUGGGACACCCAGGCCAACACCAACCUCGGCAUCGCUGCCGCCUGCAAGCUGCGCUUCGACCGGGUCUUCUUCAGGGCCGCAGCCGAGGAGGGUCACAUUGUUCCCCGCAGCCUGGACCUCCUGGGCUUGGAAAAACUGGACUGUGGGAGAUUCCCCAGUGAUCACUGGGGUCUUCUGUGCAGCUUAGAUGUGAUACUGUGACGUGCUUUUCAAAAAUGAGUUUAAAAUGGUCCAGGUUUUGCUCUGGGUUCUUGCAAAUACAUUUUCUACCUCUGGGAAGAUCUGGUGUGCAGGAGUUAAUACAAUGGAUCGUUGUACCCACCUGGUUCUCUGUCGACCCUCCAAGUUCAGAAUGAGCAGCUCUUACCGCACCAAAGCUGCCUGCCUGUGUGCAGGAUGGGGGGCCUUUAGGGAGCAGGCCGGCAGCCUGGGCCUGCUCAGAGCUGCUACCCAGGCAGGGACCGACAGGUCAUCUCUGGGCUUGUCUUUGUAUUGACUGUCCAGCGAGGCACCUGAGUAGUGACUGUUUAAGUCUUCACAAGGAAGAAAGAGGCUACUGGACCCUGGGCACUGCAUCUUCGAAUUGUACUUCACAAACCUGGAUCAUCUUCAAAGCUGUCUAUCCUGCAGUUUAGGGGCAGCUGUUCUACAUCAGACCUCUACAUCCAGCUGACGGGAGCCGUAGGUGAGACGUUAUGGUUUCUAUCGUGGUUUCUGGAGGGCGUGUGUGCUCGCCUGGGUGGGGGGACCUCCCGGUGGGGCCUAGUCAUGCCACCGUCCCUCCUCCACUUCUUCAUCUCCUCGGGGUGUGGGGCGUGUGUGCCUGACUUCCAGACUGCAGGGCCGGGACUUGAUCAUGUGGGAUCACACUGUAAACGCUAGUCACAGGGGCUGGCCCGGAUUCGAGCCUUUCAGUCGUUUUGAUUCACCUUUGUGUGCCCGUGAGCAGAGGCAAAGAGCUUGAUAAUGAUUAGCGUCAGCUGUAUAGCAUGGGAGAGAAAUGUGUAAAGGGAAAUCGCCUGGUUUUGCUAUUUGUAAAAUGGAAAUGUUUUAUAGGAAGUGGACAGAGUAUUUCUAAAUGUGCUUUAAAGAAAAAGAAUGUUUCCCCACGAGAAGUGUACUCGAAAUAAAGAAGUGUACUUGUUCAUG